UAGGGUUUCGCUUCCCUCUUCGUUUCUGGAUAUCUUAGCACGGGCGACAGCGCAGAGAGGGGUGUUUGGUUCCUUUUCCUCGAGCUCGUCUCGGAAUAAAUUGGCUCCUGAGUUGCAUACAAGAUGAGAUUAGAAAAGUGUUGGUUCUGUUCCUCAACCAUUUAUCCAGGACAUGGAAUUCAGUUUGUUCGAAAUGAUGCAAAGAUAUUCCGAUUCUGCCGAUCAAAAUGCCAUAAGAAUUUCAAAAUGAAGAGAAAUCCUCGCAAGGUGAAAUGGACAAAGGCGUAUAGGCGAUUACAUGGGAAGGAUAUGACUCAGGACUCGACAUUUGAGUUUGAAAGGAAGCGUAACAGGCCUGAAAGAUAUGAUAGGAAUGUCACAGUGAUGACGCUGAAGGCUAUAAAGAAGAUUGACAAGAUCAGAGUGACCAGGGAGGCUCAACACCACAAAAUGAGGAUGAAGGGUAAGAAAGCAAUCGAGCAAGAGGCGGCAAUUAAGGAGUUGGAGAACAGUAUUAAUUUGGUCAAAGCACCUGCUGCCCUGCAGCAGGGAUCAGAAAUUACUCUUCCAAAGAUCAAAGUCAAGGUUUCUCAAUCACAAGAUGUGGGAGAGCGAAUGGAAGAAUAAUGGUAAUCUGGACAUUCAUCCAUCCUCCAAUUUAAAAGUGCCAUAUUAAGUUUUUUGUUUUCUUUUGUGUGUGUUUGCACAGUUAAUGAGUGGGUGGUUCCUUGGAACAUUCUUCUACUGAAAGAUGGAUGGAUGCUUUGCCAUGGAUGUAGCUGAAAUAGUAGGUUGGGAGAACAACAUUUUGUGCUUAAUUGUCUUGGUCGGUAAUGGAUGGUUUUUUUUUGUUUUUGUUUUAGUGGACACGUUAUUCGAUCA